AUGGCUGGGCUCAACGCGGUUGAGUGUCAUUCCAAGCAGCAGCCCAAUCGUGCCCUGCGAUACUUCUUGAACGACAACAUUGACGCUGGACUCGAGGUCCUUGAUGACCUGCGGCUUAUUCCCGAUCUCCCCGACAACUUGCAAGAAAGGGCUGCCCUGGCCAGAACCGUCGGCACUGGCUCGCAAGCCAUGAAUGAAUUCAGCGAGAGUGAGGGUGACUAUUACGAGGAACACUACCAAGCCUACCAACACUACCUGGACGACAGAAUUGAUGCCGGCCUCGACAUCUUCGAUAGCCAGGGACUUAAGCCCGACCUUCCCCAACAAUUGCAAGCCAGUGCCGACAUGCUCAUCAUUCUCGGCAUUACUAAGAACUUCCUAGCCGAACGACGUUUUCUGCUGCACGAAGCCGGACCACUGAUGAAGGGUAUUGUCGCGGGAAUGGGCUAUCCACAUGAGUCCACAGUGCCCCUGGAGUAUUUGCAGUGGUUCAAGGAGCUCGUAGUGGUCCUGAAGUACCUGCAGACCUGUGUAAGAGCAGACGUGGAGAAGGACGAAGGAAAGCCGCUUACAUACCGAAUGCUGAUGAUUCAAGCCAAGUCAUUGCUGGCAAUGCUUUGGGUCAUGGAGUUGAAGAAUAAGGCCAGGACACGAUUGAUGAGGUUGAUGAAGACGCAAGGGAGCAUCAGCGUAGCGAUUGCGAAGAUGCUACCAGUGAGGUGCACGCACACAACAAGGACGGGAUCGAAUGCGGUGGUGAACGCAAGUGAAGAUUCCGGCUUGAAGACAAUUGACGAGGUUGACGGAGACGGCUCGGAGGCGUUCGACGAGAAUGACGAAGACAGCUUGGAGACGAUCUACGAGGUUGACGAAGACGAAGACCAGGGUGAGCUCGGUGAAGGCGACGCAGCUGGUGGUGAGGUAGACAAAGAUCAUGAUGCCGAGGCCGAUAGUGGUGUUGACGAUUAUGAAGUCGACCAUGAGGAUCAUGAUGAGAGGACAGGCGACGAGCGCAUCAAGAUCAUGACGAGGAUCUUAUCUGUCAAGGUCGCUGCCGUGCUGCGUGGACGCAGGUUCCAUGAUAUUUGUCAGGGGCCUCUAUAUCGCCGUUUCAUCGGUAAAGCGUCUGGCAGCAUCGAAGUGUUCAUAUACCGUCCACGGCGGUACAAAAUCUGGAGACCUUCGUGA